AUGCGGAUGAGUUGUAAUGGAUGUAGGGUUCUUCGAAAGGGCUGUAGUGAAAACUGUAGCAUCAGACCCUGCCUUCAAUGGAUUAAAACCUCUGAUUCUCAGGCAAACGCCACCGUUUUCCUCGCCAAGUUCUACGGCCGCGCCGGCCUCGUCAACCUUAUCAAUUCUGGCCCCGAACACCUCCGUCCUGCUAUAUUUAGAUCAUUACUGUACGAAGCAUGUGGGAGAAUUGUGAAUCCGAUAUACGGUUCGGUCGGGUUGCUGUGGUCCGGAAAUUGGCAGCUCUGUCAGAAAGCGGUGGAGGCGAUUUUAAGGGGGGAUCCGAUAACCCAAAUACCGGCUGAUCAUGCGGCGGAGAAUAAAAAUGGGCCGCCUUUGAAUGCAUAUGACAUAAGGCAUGUGAACAAGGAGGAAAUCAUAUCCGGGUCUAAUGAUUUGCACCGGGUCAGGACCCGGGGCAGGUAUAAGCGGUCCGGUGUUCGGGCCAAUACGAAGAGUACGUGGGCCGCCGGGUCAGGUGAGGAAUCGGAUCACAAGGAAGUCAAUAGGUCGCUGAGCCAUGAGUCUUCUUUGAGCCAACAGCGUGAGGCAGCCGAGCCGGUUGUGCAGAGUGAGAGCUUGGUCUCUGGGGAGACUGCUGAAGCUGACUUGUUGGGCAGAGCUGAUUCGGAGUCGGGUCGUAAUGACGAUGAGCUUUCCGAAAUGGAGUUGGAGUUGGAGUUGACUCUAGGCUCAUCGCCUGUUAAAAACAAUGUCAAGCCGAAAGAAGUGCAACGAAAGAAAGCGGUUGGCUUGGCGGCUGAUAGAGUUUGUAGAAUGGAGCUUGGGCUUCAUUUUACGGCUUCGCGACAAGCCGAUAGAUGA